CAAUCCUUGACGAUGGGCAACCCAAUAUCACUAACUCUGCCAUUAAUUUCCACUGGUUGGCGUCCACAGAUCUCUCUUUUUGCACAAACGCUGCCUCCAAAAGUGGAGAGAGAGAGAGUAACAAAGAGUUGGAAAGUUGAUUGUUCUGGCUGGAAUUUGGCCACAUAUCGUAAGAAACUGGCGAAGUACUGCAUUAAUUCAAAUCCCGAAUCUCCACGGCUUGUAUUUCUCAACGUUUCAUUUCGCUGUUCUUUGAUUGUUUGUGUUUCUCCCUGAAUUCAGAGAUUCUGUUCACAAUACCAUUUCUGGGGAUCUGGGUUUACUUCGAUUAGCGAUGGGGAGCGCAGAGGAGAAGGUUGUUGCUGUGAUCAUGGUCGGCGGCCCCACUAAAGGAACUAGAUUUCGACCACUGUCAUUGAAUAUUCCGAAGCCUCUUUUUCCUUUGGCGGGACAGCCGAUGGUGCAUCACCCAAUUUCUGCUUGUAAAAGGAUUCCAAACCUGGCUCAGAUUUUUCUUAUUGGCUUCUAUGAGGAGCGUGAAUUUGCACUGUAUUUAUCUUCCAUUUCUAAUGAACUCAAAGUUCCUAUUAGAUAUUUGAAGGAACAGAAGCCUCACGGUUCUGCCGGUGGCCUUUUUCACUUCAGAGAUCUGAUCAUGGAAGACAGUCCGUCGCAUAUCUUCUUGCUGAAUUGCGACGUUUGCUCGAGUUUUCCACUCCCGCAAAUGCUAGAUGCUCACAAAAGAUAUGGAGGGAUGGGAACAAUCCUUGUAAUCAGAGUUUCUGCUGAGGCAGCUCACCAGUUUGGAGAGUUGGUUGCCGAUCCAACGACAAAUGAACUACUUCACUAUGCGGAAAAACCCGAAACUUUUGUGAGCGAUCUUAUAAACUGCGGUGUCUACAUAUUUACACCGGAUAUAUUUUCUGCAAUACAAGGCGUUUCCACGCAGCGGAAAGAGAGAGCGAAUUUAAGUCGAUUAUCUAGCUUUGAAGCCCUUCAAUCUGCAGCAACAAGGAGCUUGCCGAAAGACUAUGUAAGAUUGGAUCAAGACAUCCUAUCGCCUUUUGCAGGGAAGAAACAGUUAUAUACGUAUGAAACUAUGGACUUCUGGGAACAAAUCAAAACGCCUGCAAUGUCCUUGAAAUGCUCUGGCUUAUAUCUCCUCCAAUACCGGGUCACCUCCCCCGACCUAUUGGCAAGUGGAGAUGGUACGAAAAACGCUAUCAUCACUGGGGAUGUUUAUAUUCAUCCUUCAGCUAAAGUACAUCCAACAGCCAAGAUUGGUCCUAAUGUCUCAAUAUCAGCUAAUGCUCGAAUUGGAGCUGGUUCUAGGCUCAUGAGCUGUAUCAUCCUUGAUGAUGUUGAAAUUCAAGAUAAUGCAGUUGUCAUUCACGCCAUUGUUGGGUGGAAAUCUUCCAUUGGUCGAUGGUCUCGUGUACAGGCUGAUGGAGAUUACUAUGCAAAGCGGGGAGUUACAAUUCUAGGUGAAGCGGUCACGGUUGAGGACGAAGUAGUGGUGACAAACAGCAUUGUACUCCCAAACAAGACUCUCAACAUGAGUGUUCAAGAGGAGAUAAUUCUAUGAAAAAACCAAACCAAACAAAAGGGUCGGUAUAUUUUUGUUUCGUAUAACCCAUGUUCAACUCGAGAAACGGAUGUGGAGGCAUCAAAAGUUGGAGACUUCUUUUAACUGAGAUCUGUUUGAAAUUGGCUUACAUUGAUUCAAUUAUGCAAAAUACAGACAAUAAACUACAUAUUCGUAGAUAAA